AUGGCCACCUCCAGCAAUCCUCGCACUCCACUCAGGGAGCCCAAGAGGAAGAGGGACACCGGCCUGGAGAUCUCCGGACUGGGCCCCGACGAUGAUGAUUUUUGCACUCCCCCAGGGGUGACGCGAAGAGUGGCAAACACAACACCUCUCACCCCACGGUCGCCGAACGCAGCGACGUCAUCAUGUGGACCGAAGGGGAAGAAGCCCAAGAAAUCUCGCCAUGAAUACAAGCCAGUGCCCUCUCAGUACGAAAUGAUGACGACUGCGCGCCUCUUCGGUGAUGGCCACAUCGCCAGGAGUAACUUCUCCUACAACCAUCCUCAAUUCGCGAAGGAGGCCGAUACGUUCAACGGUGUGACGAUCGCAGGAAAGCAAGUAUGGCAACGACAACCGAGCGGGCCCUCAACUCUCCACAACAAAGUCACUAUCAUCGACCACUUCUCCUCGCUGGCCCCGUUCUUGGGUCCGCUGGAGAAGCUGUGUAAGCCGAGAGACUCCACCGACCGCUUGUUCCUAAAGCAACGGGCCCAGCAGUACAUCACUUCCGGCCGCCGACACCGCGACGGCAAAAACGGUCUCUGGCGGAUGUGCGUCACGGUUCACAACCCGGGCGCGCCGCCAGGCUUCAAGCGCCUGGAGCUCAAAGCCGAUGGCACCCCAGACAUGGAGUGUAUCGACUGUCCAGCAGGGUCGUACCAUACAAUGGACGAGGUCGGCACCGGCACCGCGUCCCACGCACACCAUCAGGAAAUCAUCGACAAGAACCUUCUUCGGGAGCACGGAGCGCCCACCACGUUCGUGCUCGACUUCGACCCCAUCGACCCCAACACGUUCAUCGACGACGUCGCACGGAUCGCAGAGGGUACUGUCGACAAGGUCAAGGCCGCCGUAGGCGUGUUGGAAAUCAUCGACAAGAACCUUCUUCGGGAGCACGGAGCGCCCACCACGUUCGUGCUCGACUUCGACCCCAUCGACCCCAACACGUUCAUCGACGACGUCGCACGGAUCGCAGAGGGUACUGUCGACAAGGUCAAGGCCGCCGUAGGCGUGUUGGUAUACGUGCGCCCUCGGACAGAAGAGCAGAUCGGCAAGUCCUGUGCUUCGGAGAAAAUGAGAGCCUACAAGCAACGGGAAGGGGACGACCCGGACGGCUGUAAGAAGAGCAGGCUAGGGUAG